AUGGAACGAAUCAACGCUUUAGCGAGACAAUUGGCCGGCUCAGGCGACUCAUCUGAGUCUGUUGCCACUGUAAAUGCCACCAAGCGUCUUACGCAAUUGGACCGUUCGGUAGCUGGACGAGUAGCCAUCGUAACUGGAGCUGCCAGUGGUAUGGGAAGAGCCACCGCUCAACUCUUUGCUGAUGAGGGUGCCAGAGUUGCUGUUGUUGAUAUUGGCGAAGACAGAGUCAAUGCCGUCGUCGCUGAAAUCAAUACCGAGUAUCCUGGACGUGCUGCAGGCUUUGUCGUCGAUGUGUCGGACUCUGCUGCUUUGAAGAGACUUCCUGGAGACGUUGUCAAGAGGUUUGGCCAGAUUGAUAUCCUUGUGAACAAUGCCGGAGUAUCCCUCGGCGGAGGUGCCCAAACCCCCGAUGCCUCAUUCGAAGAAACAUGGACCAAAACCGUUGCAAUCAACUUGACUUCCCAUGCGACUUUAAUUCGAGCUGCAUUGCCCUACAUGAUGAAGAGCGAUUCAGCACGAAUCGUCAACAUUGCUUCUACCGAGGCUCUAUUGGCUUCUGCCGGAAACGCUGCUUACAAUGCUACAAAAGCAGGUGUUUUGGGAUUGACUAGGUCUUUUGCUGUCGAGUUGGGCAGACUUCAGAAUAUUACUUGUAAUGCUGUUAUGCCUGGACCCAUUCGAACUGGAAUGACUGCCCGUGUCCCAGACAACGACAAGGCUCUCUACGCCAAGCGUCGUGUACCAUUACGACGAUACGGUGAACCUGAAGAAGUCGCUCAGGUUACCGUCAGUAUCUGCACUCCUGCUUUCUCAUUCUUGAAUGGAGCUCAUAUUCCAGUCGAUGGUGGAAUGAGCAUCCGUCACACGCCCGUUGGAGUGAGGAGAGGAUCUGAUAGUAUCGAAGCUCCUGGUGGUACUGACACAUUCACUGUUGGAAUCAUCUUUUGUGGCCAGAAUAAUUCAAGAGUCCCAGACGAUGACAAGACUGUACACCAUAUGCUUUGGAUUAUGACGACGAUAUGGAGAACGUAUCCGUCUCACGUAUGUCAAUCAAGGUUUAGGUCCAAUUACAAGUGA